CUUGGCUCCAGCAAAGAAUCUAAGUAACUCAAGUUCAGAGACAAUCUAAUGCUAUCUUAAAGAAGGAAGCACAUUAAAGUGGGGAAGCUAGCGCUUAAUGCACAUGCCGGCUCCCACGAUCUCGGCUUCCUCGUCGUCGCCGUGGCCACCACCUCACCUGCUGCGAUGGUGUGGUGGCAAACAGGCUUCGGAGGUGGUGGUAGACGAGCUACGAGCUGGAGAUGUUUUUCACCUAAGCGGACUCCGGGCCGCCGUUUCCGUGCGUGUGGUUCGCGUCUACCAGGCUGAAUACCUCUGCGAAGCGGAGCUCCUCGUCGGUUCUGAGCGGUCAGAAAAGGUGGCACCCUCUUCCAGCACGGAAGACACGAGUACGAUCAAAAUAUCGACACCAGUAAGAACAGAAGAAGGGAGAAUAACAACUGUGCGGUUACCAAUUGCACUGCUGACUAAGGCGCGGAAGAGUUAUACGGCGAGAAGUCAGAAGUCGAAUCUUCUAGACCCAAGGAGUGCGACACGACAACGGCGACCAAAAACAAAAGACAGGCAGCCUGCUAGUGUCACAGAUCCGUUAGCAGAAGAGAGUGCGGAACGCGCUUCCCUGGACGAUGCAGGGGGUGGCACGGUGCAGAUUCCUGCAAGCUCAGAAGCAGAUCAUGAAGCUAGAAGUUUAGAUCUCGAGCGUGACGAUGAAACUCGACCAAGAGGUAGAAGAAAGAAUGAAUUACCUGAUGAAACUACGUCAGAAACAGCAUUAGCUUCAGCACGUGUGGCUGCGUCAUCUACGACAGAGAACAGGGGAGUUAGCACAACGCCUGCUUCAAUUGCACCUGCAAAUCCCAACACACAAACGCUUGCAGGGAGUAGAAGUACGGGAACAGGUGAUCCACCCCGACAAGAAUCAGUAAAAAGUCCGACUAGUAGACGCCGUCCUACGGAACCACUUAACUUGUCCACGCCACCAGCGAGUCGAGAACAUUCGGGAGCUGAGAGUUGUCAGCGGAUGAAUCAUCAGGACCCUGAGUCCAACUCCAAGAAUACCGAUUUGGCUGUGACUAGGCGUACAGGUACAAAUCAUCAACAAAGUAACAUCGGAGGUCGGAGAGACAGUCGUGGGAAUGCCAGUCCUGCUGCAGCCGCUGCACAGGCCUUCGCCUUUUCGUCGCAGGCGCUCGCGAGUUCUGUACAUGCCAUGCUUUCCGCGGUAGGCGCGCGUGGCUCCGCGAAGAACGCGUCCUCUUCGCCCUCUGGACGAGGAAGCGGUAAUGGUAAUCGAGGUGGGGCGAACCCUCUAACAUCGCCUUCGAGGCCGUCUUCAAGCAGUAGUGGACCUGGACGCCUCCCUGUCCCUGCUGAGGGCGCCAUAUCAACCUCCAGCUCAGCGGUGCUUGGUGGUUACGCGUACGCAAGCACUUCUUCCUCCGCGUCUCGUCAGGGUCAGCCAACUAGAGGGCCAUCCUCCUCCUCAAACAGUCCUUCUGGCCGACGGGCACGUAGACGCCGCGUUUCACGGAGUAGACUAGAUGAGUUGCGGGUUGACGAGACGCCGAUAUCUCCAGACAUUCAACAGACUACAAGCUUUACGCAGUCGCUUUACAACGGUAGUCAAUCAGCGAAGAAGAAUCAAACAGACGACCUUGAAGCAUUGUUGAGACAAACGGAGCGGGACUAUGUCUGGAAUCAGCUUCCAAGGACACCCUACAUUCAGGGAGGGUCCGCGCCAAAAGAGUGCGUUCUAUGCCUCGUGGUACCACUCACUAACACUAUUUUUAAAAAAUAACUAGAGCAGCUUACUUCGUUUUCAUGUUGAUUUUGCCCAUUGAUGAUUAUGUCAUCCAAUAGUACCUUGUAACAUCUCGUCUUGAAAAAAACAAACGAGCUCCAGAUGAAUUAUGGUCAUGAUAGAUAAAUAACUGCAAAACUGUAGCAUGCAUGCUUACAAUGUUUGCGUCAUCCUUAUUAUCACAAGGACAUCAUUUUCACCAUCCGCAGGACUUCGAAUCAGAAGAUUUGGUGGUGCGCAUGCCCUGUCUGCACACUUUCCAUGUUGCAUGUGUCGAAGAGUGGGUUACGACCAACGGAACCUGUCCUACGUGCUCUUUGGAUAUUUGCAGCUCGUUGCACUAAACUUCGUGUUCAGAGUUGCAGAGAUUCAACUUUGCAUAAAAGAGGUGAAGCUUUGUAGAGGUACCCGAACCCGCCUUCGUUAAGUAGAUUUCUACCUGUACCUUCGUCCCAGUUUCUUUGACAUAGAUAUUUAGCGUAUAGUGUCUUCAGUUGUUCGUGAUGUUUUGCCUACCGCUAACCGGUUAUCGUUUCUUCUUACCCUACGAUGAAAUUUUGGACUCUACGAUCUCUUUUGGCUACAUUGGCAGCUCGCCUUUGACAUUGACUCCAUGCUGUACACCGAAUGACACAUAGUGAAGAAAAUGUACCUGUACACGACCUUGUUCGUCAUAAUUUUUCAUAACGACGUGUAGUAUUUCAUGUAUAUUCAAAGGACCCCUCAUCGUUCUGCAGACGAUUCUUGGCCCUCAUUGUUGAUGUAAGAAACGACCCCUCUAUUGUAGCUGUUGAUGUACAAAAAUGAUUGAGAAAGUAGUUACAUAUUUAUUUGUGCUUCAUUUGAAGCUGAAGCAGAAGCACGCCAACAUUCCAAACCUAGAAAUCAGAAGCGAUUGCUUGAGUUAUAGAGAAGCGCCAACGGCAAUACGUCCAGUUUCAUUUCUAUCCGUCAAUGUCACGCCGUCGACUCAGAUUACAUUUUUUCGAUGCAAACUUAACACCGGUUGCGCGCGCGAAUAAGAUUAUGAAUAACAUCGACAUUGAUUCAAUGGAAAGACACUUACUUUAUUGUAUACCAUGCAAGGAAAGAAACCCGAGCACAGACUUUGCACAGACAAAACUUUUUUUUGCACCGGCAGCGGCGAUGAGGAGUCUCGAUCCUACUGCUCGUCGACAUGAA